UUGCUUAUUAGUUGUAAUGUCCUUGUUGUUUCUCUUAUCAUUGGUACUUCAUGUAUCAUGUCUAGAGUUUGGUUCACUACCUCCUCGUCCAACUACUGGUGUAAGAUUGUUUCUUGGUGAGGAGAAUGUGACUAUUGCUAAUUUCUCAAUGAUAGCUGCUGGUCUGAUUCAUGAUUUUGAUAUAGAUGGGCCUGGUAAUGGUGUUGGUGUUACUGGUAGUUCUGAUGGUCAGAAUGAUGGUUUGUGGUGUCAGAGUUCUCUUAAUCAGAAUAUGAUAGGAACAUGGUAUUACCCUAAUGGAGCAACUGUAUCGGAUUCCUAUGGCUACAACUCUGGUCCUAUGUAUGCCAGCAACAGUGCUACUGGUCAAAUUGGUUUGUUAAGAAAAAAAGGAAUAGCAAGUGUUCAAGGACUAUACAGUUGUGUUAUACCAAAUGAAGAAGGAAUCAAUCAGACACUGUAUGUUGCUGCUUAUGGUAAUACUGAUUUCCUUAAAGAUGGUGAGCUUCCAAUGAUUGAUGGUAGUGGUCCCUCCUUCCAGCUCCUCUCAUCAGUUGAUGCUGAUCCUCCAGUGUUUAGUUUAUCAUUUAAUGUCACUAAUAGAUCACCAACAAUAGUCACUUGCUCUGUUGAUAAUGGAAACCAGUUUAAUGUAUCUGAAAAUGAUCUGAUACGUACUGUAACACCAGUUAAUAAUGAUGUACAAGUACAAGUAUCAGUAAUAUUUAGAAUGAGAGUGUCUGGCCUGUAUAAAUGUUCUGUUACUACUGACAGAAUUACAACUGCACCUUUAGUAUCUACUAAUAUGGCAAUGAGGAAUGUUAGUGUAACUGGAUCUCCAUCGAAUUUGACCUACAGCAGAAUAAGUCUUCUCUCAGUUACACUAGGCUGGUCUCCCUCAGCAGUGAUUAGUGCUACUCCUCAGUAUCAUGUCUUUGUUAAUAACAGUAAUGGUAUUAUUAUGAAUGAUAAUGCUACAAAUACUGAGCUGUCUCUCUCAUUACGUCCUGAUGAUGAAUAUAAUAUUAGACUAGUACAUAAUGUAAUUAUAGCCUUCAAAUUUAUUUUUUCUACUCUUUAUGUAGGUACUAUCCUACCCUUUGCUGCUACAUCUGUAACAACUAUUCCUGGAACAACAAGUGCUAAUAUAUCCUUUAUAAUACCAAAAACUUCUUAUGCAAAUGAAAAUUACAGCAUCAGUUACACUGGGCAACAAUUUCAGGCAACACAGGCAGUUUCAGUGACUAGGAUGAGUUCUAGUUCUGUUGAUAAACCUAUAAUGAUAUACAUAGUCUUGACUGGUCUUGAGGAAGACAAUGUUUAUCAGUUUACAAUUGAUUCUAGCAACUGCUUAGGUACAACCCACACUGGAGUGAUGAAUUUUACUACACUGCCAGCAUUACCAGCAGGUUAUCCAAUGAACUGUAUUAAUACAACUUUUCUACCUCUUUCCAUUACAAUUACUUGGACUGGACCAGCACUAAUAGAACAAAAUGGAGCACCAGUUGGUUAUAAUUUAACAUGUAUGAAUACUAAUGGUGUAUCAGUCAAUGGAUUGAGCCCAACGCGAUCUUCAACGGACACAAUGUUCACUAUUACUGAUGUUAUGCCUUUUACUGGUUACACUUGUGAGCUGUCAUUUAUUAAUGUAGUAGGAGAAGGACCUUCAACCCAGUGUACUUUUGAAACAGCCCAAAGUGUCGACUCACCUCGAAAUUUUACUUCCAUUCCUGAUCAAUAUUCUAUUUUAUUUUCAUGGAUCGAACCAGCCAUUACUCAUGGAAUUAUUAUCAGAUAUAAUUUAACUGUAACUAAUCUGGAUGAAUCAAAAUCAAUGUCUUUCAUUAUUAAAGUGAAUCCUGAUCAAAGAUUUAUUCAUCAUAAUGUUAAUGGUUUUGGUCCAUAUCAGAAUUACACUGCUAGUGUUAGUGCUAGUACAAUCAUUGGAGCUGGACCAGUGGCUACUACUGCAGGAAGAACACUACCAGACAUUCCUAGUUCACCUCAUCUGGUAGUGUCACCAGUUGUCAUUGAUGGUUUAACAGUAGCUUAUACUGUAGCAGUUCUCAAUGAAACUACUAUCAAUAUAACAUGGAGUCCACCAUCUCAUCCUAAUGGAGAAAUCACUGGAUUUAUUGUUAGAAUAGCUACUGAUGCUAUUACUAGUUCAAACAAGAGUAGCCCCUUAUCUACACUUGGUUCUAAUAAUGUCUCAUUUGUGCCUGGAAAAGCAUCAUAUUUUUUAAUAUUUGGAGGAUUAAAGGCAAAAGUACCUUAUUAUGUAUCAGUUGUAGCAGUCAAUCAAGUUGGUGAAGGAAACCCAGCAACUGCUAUUGUCUUCACUAAAGCUGACAGUAGUGUUACAGUAUCACCAUCAAAUUUACAAGCAAUGAGAAUAAGAGAUAGAAUAGUGUUAUCAUGGGAUCCAGUGACACUAGAAGAAGCUAAAGGAUUCUUUGUAUACAGUAUCACAUUAACUCCUGAUGAUGGUAGCACUAGCAGUACAUUAAGACAAACUAAUACAAGAACUAUAUCAGUAGCUUAUGAUACCACAUCAGUUAAUAUAACUGAUACUGAACCACAGUUAGCUUAUACUGUGAGUAUUAGUGUAUUGCUAUUGAGUGAUGUAGGACUAAUUGAAGGACCAGAAUUUAACACUUCCCUAGCAAUGUCACCUACAGAUGUCAAUAAUACUGAUGAUGGUAGUGUUCUUCUGGUAGCAGUGAUAGUGUCAAUUGCAUUAAUAAUGAUUUUCUCGGUACUCGUGUUCAUCAGUAUUGUAGUAUUGUACAGAAAAAAGUAUAAUGGAGUCAGGGUAGCACCUGAUGUUUCUAAUACUUCUACAACACAAAAUGAUGAAGAACUGUAUGACUUUGAGAUGAUUGAUGAUGACCAGUAUGAACUAAUAAAUAUAUAUAAUGAUAUAGUGCAGCAAGAGCAGGAUACUCCAAUUGUAGGAGAUAGUCUUGCUAAUAUAGCAUUUCCCGACAGUCCUGCAUAUGUUGCUAAUCCCAUUACUGCUUCAAGUUAUAGUCCCAUGCAAUAAAGGAGAGAAUGAGGAGCAAGAUGUUGGUGACUUUGUGUAUGAAAAAAAAAUGUCCUUUAAUUGAUAUAUAAAAUUGGACAAGGUGUGCUUUGAAAAAAAUAGUGUUG